AUGGCCUUUUGGCGUUUUGGCUUCCAUUCCCAAUCAGCUAUCGAUACCAUCCUUUCUUCGUCCGCGGCAAAUAAUAAUGGACAUCCGAUCGGUGGCUGCUCAACGCCUUCCUCGUCUAAUCCUUCUAUCCUUCUCGACAAACUACUAGAUGAAGAUGAUUUACUGCAGGAGAUCAAGGCACAACAUCAUAAGCUGAUUGAAUUCCUAGCUACCAAAGAAGUUGUUGUCCGUAUGCUGGGUUACAUAUCCGGUCUCAUCUUUGACGAUGAAGACGCAGACAGGCUUGAAGAAGAAACCCGAUCAGCAAUCAGCAAUCUCAGCUUCCAGCCCUCUUCUCCCUCGGAUUCGAGCUACAUGUCUGGUGCUAUAUUCCAUUCCUUUCGGAACCGUGCUGUGGGUGAUAAGUUCAGUGCAUUAUUGCUAGACGCUCUAGAUUCAGAAGGUCGCACACCAGAAGACCGGGCUAAAAAUGAGCGGCGCAAGGUUCGGUUCCCGUAUAUUUGCUCCGAGAUUAUCGCAUCCGAUAUUUGGAACGUCACCUCUCAAAUCUUCGCAGACGCUCCUCAUUAUGCCAUCCUCACCGGUUUUUGGGAUGCUGUCUUGAACCAACCGCCAAGCGUGACCGCUCAUAAGUCUAUACAAAUCGGACAUUGGGCCCGAACCAACAUUGUCCUUUUCAACUCUAAGCCCAACGAGAUGAUUCGCUUUGUUCUCUCUUACCCAGGACUCAUUCUCAAGCUACUCUCGCACUUUAACUCAUCGCCUGUGGUGGAUGUGCUCUUGAAGAUUAUUCAAUGUGAAGCUGUACACGAAGGUAUCAUUGAUUGGCUGAUCGAUUCUACGGAUUUCGUGGAACUCAUAAUCAACUUCCUUCACCCUUCUCGUCCGGUUGAACUUCACAUCGCUGUUGCCGAUUUCCUCAAAAAUGUCAUUGGUUUCUGCACGACUAAAGCCACUCCACCUCAAACACCAGCAGAUCAAUCAUCGAAGCCUUCUCCUAGCGCACACUCCCCCAUCCUUCCUCAUCAGUCUUCGCAAUCCAAUUCACCAAUCGAUAGUUUCAAUGCUUUGCAUUCCCCUUCGGCGCACACACUUAGUGGUUCUGGCGUUUCAGAGGAUGGUAAAUCUAUCACAACUAGACUUAUGCGCGAACUUGCUAGCUCAUCUGUGGUUUCUAAGUUAUUGUCUUUCGGCCUCGAUGCUGAGAUGCCAGAAGAUGAAUCUCUAAUCACCAAGGAAUCUAUCACCUCAUCACUUGUUAACUCUCUCUCUAUUCUCAUUGAUCUCAUCCGACGUAACAAUUCAGAUUUCUCGGAGGCUCAGAUCCUGAUACACUUACGCAAGAACGAUACUGGAACUUCACCAUCGGAUGAGGCCAACUCAUCUCCUCCAUCUCCCAUCCGAAAUCCUGACACUGAAACUCCGCCUUCACCAGCUCCUGCGAUUGUGGCUCUCAUGGAUCUCUUGGACCGCAUAUCUGAUCGCCUUCCAGAUCUACAACGGCUAAUCCGAACACCCACCUCUUCAGUUCGGCCGAUUCGCACUACUGUCGGUACAAUUGUACCCCUCACUCUCGAGCGCUUUCGAAUCAUUGAGCUGUACGCCGAACUAUUACACUGCUCUAACAUGAACAUGGUAAAUCGACCCAAGUCAAGUGGACCAGUUUACGACCAGAAUGGACAUUUGAUCAGUGGUAUCGAUGACCUGAUCGCAGUUGUUUGUCCUGCCCCGAGUACACCCAGUGAAACUCCGCUCGAAAAGAGUGCUGGCCCUUCACUGGAAUUGACUGGCGCAGAAAAGAAGAACGAAACAGAGUCUACUGUCGAAUCCGCCGUUGAUGGAGGCCAAGGUACGGAUUCAAACACUACACCAGCCAAGAACAGCGAAAAAGAAGCAUCGACAGAUGUGACAAACAGCGCAAGCUCACCUGGAAGUUCAACUCAUCCUUCAAGCGAUGAUGAAACCCCAUCGGGAAUGCGACUGAAACGUCGUUUCAUUCAGCAUAAAGUUCUUGACACAUGUCUAGAUUUGUUUUUUGACUUCCCUUGGAAUAACUUUCUCCACAAUGUGGUCUAUGACAUCAUACAACAGAUUUUGAAUGGGCACUUUUUUGGACCUGGGGGUGAGGCUAGCUUAGAGCUCGCCAAAAGCUUAUUCGAUUCAUCAAGGAUUAUUGAGAGGAUCCUAGAAGGUAUUGAGAUCAACCAUACCUAUGGUUUAAUGUCUAAUAAUGUUCGGCUUGGGAACAUGGCACAUCUGAUUCUUAUCGCUGACGAAAUUUCCAAAGCACUGGAAUCGCAACCUGAAACUUUUGCCGACAUCAGUCGGAGAAUUGAAUCUAAUUCCAAAUGGCAACACUUCGUAGAUACGGCGGUAAAGGAAGCUCGAUUCAACAGUCAUACACCACUCGGGGGCUCAGUACCACAACCUGGUCUGAGUCAACCUACUGCAUCUUCGGACAAGAGUUUAGUCAUUGAUGGUGAGACCUUUCCAACCAACAGUGGUAGUGAAGGUCAACGAGAUCCAAAGGCUGGAUGGUCAAUCAAGUCUCCUACACUGGCUAAUUCGACUACUCUCCAGGAUCAAGAUGAAACCAAAGGUGAUGAAUACACUCGUUACUUCAUGGAGCACAUUCGUGCCAAUGUUGCUGAUCAGUUUUCGUCGUCCUCAGACGAUGAUGACGAAAAAGGAUCUGAAUCUGAAGAACCCAGCCAUCGAGAUCAACUUGAUGAUGAUCCUUGGUCGACUGGUAGACCAUCGAAUACGAGAACAAGUUCAAGCGGAUCAGGUGGAAGUGUGAUCUCGAAUCCCACACCAUUCGGGUUUGAUGACCGGUUCGAUGCCCCAAGUAGGUCUUUCCCGACUCGCUUCGGGGCUGGUACCGAGGAGACGACUUUGGACCUUUCAGCGACUCGGCAGCCAUUCAUCAGGCGCCAAUCUACGACCCAUUUACACUUACUUCCCCCUCUUUCGCCACACCGAAGCCCCUCAGAGUGUCUGUACAGAAUGAUGCAGAAGCGUCUUCAGCUGGGCCCUCCUCCAUCAGUUGGGACACAUCCUCUCACGACAUGCAGAAGACAAGGACUCGCGACUCGGCGGGUGAAGGAGACGGCAGGGGGUUUGGUGACGACGAUGAUGACUGGGGAGAGUUCUCGGGUGCAGCCUCUGAGACGAGGUUGA